AUGGCAAGCCAGAAUCAGAUGGCACAGGAUCUCCACAGAAACGUCACCCAGUUUGAUGUCGAAUCGAUCCGGAACCUUGCCAAUCUCACAAGCUCCAGAAAUUUCACUUCCCGCGGCUGCUCACUUCUCAUGUGUCUGAUCUACCUGGCACACAAACUGUACGGAUUCAAUGAAGAUCUGAUGAAGGUGGUCGGGUUGGGACUGAAGGUGCUUGGAGGUGUUGGAAUUGCCGUUGGGGUGUUUUCUCUAAUGGGUUCGUAUGACGAUGGCAUAACCGAGGCUUUGACAUUGAUGUAUUGUGAGUUUAAUUUGCCUUGA